GUCAGAGAGACUAUGCUGGGUGGCGGGGGUGUGGCUGUUGUCGAUUGUUCUUGGGCCCAAUUGGGCUCGGUGAAAUUUGAUAAGAUCAGGAGCCCUCACGAGCGAUUGCUCCCAUAUCUGGUAGCAGCUAAUCAGGUCAAUUAUGGUAAACCCUGCAAACUGAAUUGUGCAGAAGCUCUGGCGGCCUGUUUAUAUAUCUGUGGCGAGCCCGAUGCCGCAGAAUUAUUGAUGUCCAAGUUUGGUUGGGGUCCUGCAUUUAUUGAAAUAAAUAGGGAGUUAUUGGAUCUGUAUGCCGAGUGCGAGAAUGGCGAAGAGGUCUUAAAAGUUCAGAAGGAGUGGAUUGAUAUGCUGUCAAAAGAAGUGGAGACCAAAGGAGAUCGACGCCCAGACUUGUAUCCACCGUCUUCCAGCGAGAGCGAAUAUAGUGAUGAUGACGAAGAGUCUGAUGGCGCAACGGAAUCCAUUGAGGUAGACCGAUUCGGCAAUACGAUAGUGAAGGGUGCAACAAAGGAAAAUAGUAGCAGUCUCUACCCAGAUUCUGAGAGUGAUAGCGAGGCGAGUGACAGUGGUGAGGAAAAUGCACAGGCCAAACUACGCGGUGAUAGUAAUUUAGAAGAGCUGCCUAUCGACAAGCUCAAGCUGUAGAGUCUACAAAAAUGAAAAUUUUGUGCAAUCAACUGGCGCAUAUACUCGCGGCGAUGCAUCAAAUAUAAUAAAUGCUAUUAUAAAAU